CGGGCUUCAUCCAAAGGAGAUUCCCUUCUAUAUUCCUUCCUAUAGGUAACGUCUAUACGUUUCGUGUAAUGCUGUUGCUACUUUCCACAAGUUUAUUUAUAUCCUCUUGACUAAAGGACUUCUCAAUCAGUUUGUUUAGAACCACCGAAGUGGCAACACGCAUAGUAAAAUAAUUCCUCAUACGUAUUAAGACUUUCGUCGUAUUUUCGUGAAGUGAAAAACGAUUUGGCGCCAAAAAAGUUAACUUCGAUUUUUGUGUACAUUUUAAAGACAAAAGUGUAAAAGAUGGCAAUUGCAUACUAUAUCCCGGAUCAGGCUAAAUUGGCCGAAAAACAGAAACCAAAAGUCAUCAAGAGUGUUAAAAUACCGUUAAAUAACUACACACUCUGCAAUAACUUGUGCUGGGAGCUGAUGGCUCAAGUUUUCUGCUACGCCAUGCGAUAUCACCACCUUACCGCCGCCGGAAAUGGAAUUCUUCAAAUAUCCGUGGAAUUUAUCCAACAGCAACCGUCCUUAAAUCAUCAGCAUAAGCCAUCCUCGGCGGAAUCGAUGAACACAGAUGACCAUCAUGACCACGAUGGUGAUGGAAGCAAAAACUAGGCACGAAGAAUUCGUGUCUCCCAUCAAAGAGGAUGAUGGGAGCUCAUUCAAAGCGUAUUGUGAUUCCAAAAUAUAACUAAGUGGUUUUCAACCGAUGAUGUGCGGUGAGCAGAAAUGAAGAUAAGUCCCGACAACUUUUCAACUUUUCUUCCAACUUCACAAAACAUUUUCUACAAAUUAAAAUACAACUCAUACUAUACACUAAUUCUAAUUCAUGAUGUUUACUAAAAAGAUACUACAACUUCCUAUUCAGCGUUAAAAUAUACUCGAAGCAUCAAAAAACAACAAACAUUUAUGUGCAGUAAAAACGUGUUUUUUUUUCUUUAAACAAUUUAUUUUUGUUUGUUCUUUAAAUCACCAUAAGUUGUAUGUAAUUUUUAAAUGUAAAAGUUAACUUACAGAAACAAAAUAAAAAACAACAAAUAAUGAAAAUUGUACAAACGAAUUAAUUUUAAGUGUAAAAGUUUUUUCAUUUUUCUAAAAAAAUAUAAAAAUCACGUA